ACUAUUUAUAUGUGAUAAGACUGCUUGAUACUUGGUUUAUCAUCCUUUUGUCUGAUGUCGCACUCAGGAUCUGUCGUAGCAUUAGCAGCAGACAAUGACGAGCUCUAUGAGGCCCACGUCGACACCAGUCAAGUCGACGAGAGACGACUCCUUCGUAAGAUCGACAUCCGAGUCGUGCCUUGGUUGGCCCUCCUCUAUUUUCUCAACUUUUUGGAUCGGGGAAGUAUAGGAAAUGCGAAGUUAUACAACAUGGUGACCGACUUGGGCAUCAGUGACAAUGAAUACCUCAUUGCACUUACUGCCUUCUUUUUUCCGUAUGCAUUGCUUGAGCCUGUAAGCAAUGUAAUCCUUAGAAGGAUUCGACCCUGGAUGUGGCUUUCUUCAAUGAUGUUCGCUUGGGGAAUUAUCAUGAUGUGCCACGGAUUUCUACAGAACUACGGAGGGCUCGUCGCCUUGCGAGUGCUACUUGGAGUGGCGGAGGCUGGUUUAUACCCCGGAAUCGUAUUUUAUAUCUCUUGCUGGUACAAGCGGUCCGAGCUUGGUACACGGAUAGCAGCAUUCUUCACUUCUGCCACUAUAGCGGGAGCAUUUAGCGGUCUCCUGGCCGCAGCCAUAUCCAAUAUGAAUGGUGUCGCAGGAAAGCCUGGCUGGUCUUGGAUUUUCAUUCUCGAAGGACUCUUCACCGUACUGUGUGCGGUUGCUUCAUAUUGGGUCAUCUCGGAUUUCCCUGAGACAGCCGGGUUUCUGACCAAAGCAGAGAGAGUUUUCGUCAUUAGACGUUUGAGGGGCGACAUGCAGUUCAGCGCUGGCGGCGAGGAAUUUAAAGUCCGAUAUAUCUGGCAAAGCCUCAGGGACUGGAAAACCUACUUGGCAAUGGGUAUAUAUAUGGGAUUUGAUGGUCCAUUAUUCGCGUUUUCCUUAUUCACCCCGACAAUCAUCAACGAGGUUCGUUACACAGCGACAACAGCGAAUCUGCUUUCCGUGCCCGUUUAUAUCUGGUCAUGUAUAGUGACCGUGAUCGUCGGGUUAGCUGGUGACCGCCUCGGGAAGAGAGGAUACAUAAAUUUAAUUCUAUUCGGAACGGGUCUGGUUGGUUAUAUCAUACUGAUCGCAUCCACGACUCCAGCAUUGUCGUAUUUCGCAUGCUUCCUAGCUGUAUCCGCCAUAUAUCCUACAGUCCCGAAUUCGGUAGCAUGGGUGGCAAGCAAUGUUGAGGGCUCCUAUAAACGAGGUGUUACACUUGCCAUGGCCAUCGGGUGGGGAAAUUUGAACGGAGCUGUUUCCUCGAACGUUUAUCGCGCGGAGGACGCACCCUGGUACAGGCCUGGUCAUGGCACCAUGCUUGCCUACAUUGCAAUUGGCUGGUUAUGCUCAGCAGCAUUUAUAUUCCUGUUGCGUAGGGAGAACGAGCGAAGGGAUAGAGGAGAGCGCGAUGAGGUAAUCGACAGCGACAACUCUGGAGAGAUGGACGAGUCAGCUUUGAAGAAUGGGCGAUUCGAGACAGUCAACGAUGCACGACGCGAGAGAGGUGAUCAGUGGAGUCAAUUCCGAUAUACCAUUUAAAUACUAUUUAGUAUGCAUCGAGAACGGUAAGUAGAAGGGUAACACGAGCGUCGUGUAAAAUCGAAGAUACAAA